CACCCUCAGAUCCGGAGGAGGAGAGCUUUAACCGGGACAGUUGAUGGGAUGCAGAGAGGAGAAAGACACCGCUGCUGCCGUUGUGGGUGUCAGGUCUCCUCUGACAGAGAGCAGCAGCAGGGAUGCCCAUCACAGCCAAACACUGGACUCCUGAUCCCUAGUGACCUGUGUCACCAUGCCAACUCCCACGAUCCUCACAGCAACCACGAGUCCUCAGAGAAGUUGCUAGGUUUACAAGCCAAUUUACAUCUGUGCGAGCCUAGAUACUGAAAGUGGGUCCCCUCCAGUACUGAGAGAGAGAGAGAGGGACCAGGAGGCAGGUAGGGCUGUCUGAGAAAGAGAGAUGGUUUGCCAGCAGGGUGCUCUGCUGAUUCUCAUGUUGCUGGUGAAGACGGGACUUGUGGGUGGAUGUGUGUGUCCAGCAGCCACCAUUUUGUCCCAGUCUCCCUCUGAGGUUCCUGCUGACGUCUGUUGCUUGAACUACUCUGGCUCUGCUUUCAGUGCCGUGCUCUGGUCUGUGUUUACCAAUGCGACAAACAUAGAGACUCUGGAUCUCUCCUUCUGUAAUAUCAGUUCUGUAGAUAUGAGAGGCAAAGAGGCUUCUACAUUGAAGAAGGUUUACUUAGGUCAUAAUAGACUAACGACGUUGCCAGAGGAGUUUCUGGCCAGCCAGCCCAGCCUGACCGAGGUGGAUCUGAGCGGGAACCUGAUUCAGGAGCUUCCUGAGGGUUUUCUUCAGGACUCAGACAACCUCCAGAAGCUGUAUCUGCAGGGAAACCAGCUACGCAUCCUCCCAGGCUCUGUACUUCAGAAGCCCAGCCUGCAAAGGCUGGAGCUGGAUGGGAACCCCUGGGAUUGCUCCUGUUUGUUACUGGAAGGACUGGAGGAAGGCAGAAAGGUUAAUAGGACCACUAAGCUGGAGGAUCUGGUGGGAAACCUAACAUGCGCGUCUCCCCGGCACCUGGACGGAAGGAGUGUGUUGUCAGUGCGGGUUAGCGAUGCGUGCCGCCCAGCUGCCCUCACGGCACUCUUCAUUGUGCUCCCUCUUCUCAUCCUCUCCGCCUUGGUGCUCUGCUGGUGCUGUGGGAGGAAGAGGAAGAAGAAAGAAGCACCUGUGUGCACCUCAAAGAAGAGGGCUUCCAGCUCCAGCAGCAACGGCCAGAAGCAUCGUAAAAAGCAGCAACCUGCGACCACCGGGCAGAGCAAAGCCGUCAGUGAGGGGAUCCUGAAGAACGAGCUGCUGCUACGCCCGGCAUCCACCCUCCUGGGCAGCACCAGGGACAUCUAUGAAGAGGUCGAGAUUAAGCUGGGCUCAGUGGAGUCUCUUCCUCAAGCCUCCUCAGGCUGUUCCAGCUCCACAGACGGGAAGCUGGGCUCCCAGGGGCCGGACGGGGCCAGCAAGGCAGAGCUGGACACAGUCAGCGUGACAGAAGUGAUGAAAGACUCAGCUGACAGGGAGAAGGCUUACAUGACCCAGUCCACUGAAUACUACAGCCUGGUGCCGGGUAUCGAACUGGAGGACUCAGACCACGGCGAGUAUGAGAAUAUCAACCUCUCGUGACACCAUCUUAAAGGAAUAGUUCAACAUUUUGGAAGUUACGCUUUUGUUUUCUUUAUGAGAAUCAGAUGAGUAGAUCUGCACGACUCACAUGUUAGUCUAUGUCUAUUUUGUACUCUCACAGCUGAGGUUAAAUAGAAGUGGUUGGUGCAACACAACUACUAAGCUUCCUUCAGUUUAGGCUCCCCGUUCAAAGGUCAGCAGUACCAAUGGGGCUGUACCCAACUUCUUGCCAAUCGAAUCGGAUUUAGUUGUUAAAUACACAUUUUUUUUCAGUGCCACUCUAAACUCCGGGCAGCUACAUAUUUUAGCCUACCUCACGUUUUAAUAUCUUCAUCAUCAUCUGUCACACAGUCGGACAAAAUGAAAGUGUGCGUCCUGCUUAUAGUUAGUUAUAAAAUCUCAGUGCACCACGUAGUAUCCAUCUCUUAUGCCAGGCUGCUGUAGCACUCGCAGAGGACGACAGGAGAGGAGGUUACACAACCGCCUGGCUCAAAAGUGGUUUAGCCAACUUCACUAACAGUCAGUGCCCCGUCGUCCAGCUUCACGCUGUCUAACCAUCACUCUUCUCUGCUUCCAUCACAGUUAGUUUUCUGGUUUGUGGUUUUUUUUUGGACUCUGUUAGUUUACAACCUGCCAUGUGGACAAUGGGGCAGCUAAAAAGCAAAGGUGCAAGAGAUUCGACUGACAAACUGCGUGCUGGUGCCAAACUGAAUAGGCGUGAAAGAUUUUUGGAAUUCCGUUUAAAAUAACAGAUUUUGCCAUGAAAUUACACAGUUUUAAUCACUGGUGUGACCAUGCCUUUAGAGGUGUUUGCAGGCAGACUUUUAACAUCAAGAGCCAGUGUAGCUGUUUUUUUUCUGCUUCAAAUGUUUAUGCUAAGCUAAGCUAAUCACCUCCUGGCUUCAUAUGUAAUGUUGUAUCUAUCUUCUUGUCUAACUCUCGUAAAAGAAAGCGGCAAAGCGUAUUUCCCAACAUGUCAAGUUAUUCCUUUAAAUGCACUAAAGAGAGACAGUGUAUGUGUGUUAUCUAUUGACAUAGAGACAGCCUGGUCCGACCGCUGUGGUAUCACAAUGUAAGAGGAAGUGAUUUAAUCCGCCGCUUUUCCUGUGGGACCUGAGGAACGCAGUGACGGUUUGAAAGGGAGGCCCCCUUUUUUCUCUCUGGAAAAAACUAGUAAUUUUAAAGACACAAAAGACAUUUAUUCUAUUUAAUGUUGCACUCCAUGCAAAUAUACUCUUCACUUUGUUUUCACAUCUUUUUACAAAGAGACAUAUUUUUAAUCACUGUGUUUAUACGUCAAGCAAGCUCUUGUAUGUGCUUUCUUUUACCUCACCCAAGUGUAAUUGUUAAAUGCAAUCCAGUUUGACUUGCAUACAGGAUGUUCUGGAUCAGACUCCUUCACCUAAAGCUGCACAUCCAGAAACGUAGGUGCUGAACAAUGACUAAUCCCAUCGCAAUGCUCACAGUUAAUUCAAUGUGAAAUGUGGAAUGUAAAGCUUAGAUGAGAAGUCUAAAUUUAUGUAUGUCAUUGUUAAGCAAGGAUUAAAGGACAGUUGCUUCCUCGUGUUUCAUGCCACAUACUAAAAUGUGCAUAUUGUUUGGAAAAUGCCAGGACGGUCACAUUCUAAAUGCUGGUUAAUGCUGGUUUAAGAUAAAAAUCUUGCGUAGUGCCAGUUCAGUAAACUGAGAUGCAGAGCGUUUUCUGUGCAGCCGUGCUACGACAUAAUGACACUGGAGAGGAGACCUACACAAAAGACAACACUGAACAUCAGGGUCAUCGUGGAGGUGCAGGAUGCAGACACUUGAUUGUUAUCUAAGAUGUGGAAAACAGACGUCUCACUCUCACACAAGCUGGCUGUGAAUGCUAAUUAUUGUUCGGUGAGAGAGACACAGAGAAAGUGGGUGCAGCUACGGGUGUGGAACUUCCUGGAAUUUAAAAAACGGAGGUGUAUUUUCCAUCAAAGCUUUAUUUAUCGACAUUGUAAAGUUUACUGCAUUCAAAAUGCCAAAAAGCCCUUUAGGUCAAAAGACAAAUGAGUGAAUAUUGCAUUUUGUAAUUUUGUACAGUUUCUGCACCAAAAAUAACAUUUCAUAAUAUACAGGACUGUUGCUACUGGUCACCAAGGUCAUGGCCUUUCUUUUGCUUCUUUAUAUUUAUGCAACGAUUUUUUUAGCAACCUGACAACCCUUACUGUUGCUAUGCCUGUCCUUACUCACACAAGAGAUAAGCAGUUUACAGUGAUAACAAUGGCAGAUUUAAGAUCAUUCUUAGUGAUUUUUAAAACAAUGGGUUGACAAAAGCAGUCUUCUUUUUUCUAUUCUACUAUCUUUGUUUUCUUUGGCUGAAGAUAUGUCAAUGGCAGAUUGUUAUCAGCUUUAGCUCCAUUAUGUGGUUGAAAACACUCUCAGGUUGACUUCUCAGUGUUUCAAGCAGACAUUUGUAAAAGGAGUCUUGAAUAUGCACUUGAUAGCAACAUACAUGAUAUGAUGCAACAAAGAAAAAAAAAAAGAGACUGACUGACUUUCAGCAUUACAAGAGAAAAGGAUUUUAGGAGAUGUGUUAAACAUAAUAUAACCUCAGGUAAUGUUAAUGAGUGUCAGCUUCACCAAAUCCAGUAAAGAACGGAGAUGCUAACAUUAGCUCAAACUCCAAUUGCAGUCUGGACCGGCAACCACAAUAUUACAAUAAAUACUACAUGGAUGUGCUUGUAGUGAACUGGGCCUUUUUUAACGUAACCCCAAACUAACUACAUUAGUUUGUGCUCCUUGGCCAAGGAAGUAAUGCACUGAAGGUCCAGUGUGUAACAUUUAGGAGAAUUUAUUUGUAGAAUUUGAAUAUAACAUUCAUAGGUAUGUUUUUAAUUAGUGUAAAAUCACCAAUUGUUGUGUUUUUGUAACCUUAGAAAGAGCUGUUUUUAUCUACAGAGGUCCUCUUCUGCGGAGGCCACCAUGUUGAACCGCCACAUCUGCACUCGGACUCUGAACGGACCGGCUCUAGUUAUGGCCCUUUCACAUUUUUUGCAAGUUUCGCUGCCCUCAUUGUAAAGCUCAACCUUCACCGCUAAAUCCUAAACACCGGUCCUUCAAGAUAGUGAAGUUGACGCUAGAGCAGAACACACUGUUUAUUAUGUAUAUUUGUGAUUUUGGUUUUAGAAAGGCUAGAAAAAAGGACACCACCCUCUAAACUAUAGCAUAGUUCUUGCUAUAGAGCCAUAUAAAUCAAAUAAUUUACAGGCCUGCUGUGCCUAUCAAUGGUUGCUAAACUGUGAUCGGGCAAUCGCUGUUCGUUGGAGGGAUUUAGCAAAUAGUUAAAACCUUAAACAUUGGGCUAUUUUAGAUUUGUGUCUCUUUAGACUCUUUAUGGGGUCACCAAGUAAUAUAAAAAAUGCUUUGAAACUGCAUUUAGACCUUCAUGUUGGGAAAUAACAUUUAUUUGACGCUUAACUGAAUUAGGAAAAUAUGAAAAUAGUUCUAAAAAUGAAGAGAUUUUAUUUUUAACCUGUGGUCAGAACUUGAGAGUGAUGAGGCCUAUGACUUCAGUAUUUUCUAAAACCCUGGCUACAGCCAAGAUUGUGUAAUUUGAAGUGAAAUUAGGCCUUAUGGCGUGUUUGAUGGCUGUGUAUCUGAUCACAAAACUGCAGUAGAAUUAAUAAUCCUUCUAUGUAAAAUGGGUAUGCUGGUGUGAUACUUAAUAAAAGCACUGAUUUUCAUCAUGUUAAUCCAGGCAGAUGCACUAUCUUGAUUGUUUUGUUUUUUUUGUAUGUAAAACAUUUCAAUAUUGUUGACAGAAAAAUAAAUGCUUUUUUCAAGA